AUGGCCAGUCUUCACCCCCUUGACCCAAUUACCCCCGGAGAAAUCCAAUUAGCGGUCUCCGUUCUGGAGCCUGCCUUCCCCGGAGUCAAGCUACGUUACAAGCGUAUCGAUCUCCAGGAACCUGCCAAGCAUGAGGUAGUUCCGUACCUCGAGGCCGAGCGUCGGGGGGAAGUGCGUCCCCGCAAGCCGGCACGUCUGUUGAUGGCGCUUUUCCAUCGAUUGGACAAUGGUUCUUUCUUCAAGGCCCUCAUCAACGCCGACACCAAGUCCAUCGUGUCCGCCAAAGAGCUUCCCAAAGAUGUCCAGGGACCCGUGGACGUGGACGAGAUGCUGGAGAUUGAAGAGCUUUGUCUCGGUCAUCCAGCAGUGAAGGCCGAGGUUGAGAAAUUGAAACUACCAACCGGUCACACUGUCUGCAUGGACCCCUGGAUCUAUGGCACAGAUGAUGCUAAGGAGACCCGCCGGCUUUUCCAGUGCUACAUGUACAUUGUGGCCACGGAUCACCCCCAGAACAAUCAGUACUCGCUCCCAUGCCAAUUCUCUCCGGUGUUCGAUGGUAUCACCCGCCAGUUGGUCCGCAUGGAUUACUUGCCUGGUGGCGCUGACACUCAGAGCACCGAGACGCAACCUUGGAAACCGGUUCCCACUAUUCAAUAUGCACAUGACUUGUUGGACGAACCCCUUCGCACGGACUUGAAGCCUUAUAUUGUCCAGCAACCAGAGGGGGCGUCUUUCAACGUCAUUGGAAAUGCUGUCUCCUGGCAGAAGUGGCGUUUCAGAGUAGGCUUUAACAACCGAGAAGGCCUAGUGCUUCAUAAUGUGACAUAUGACGGCCGCAACACCUUCUACCGUCUAUCAUUCUCCGAGAUGACAGUCCCUUACGCUGACCCCCGCGCCCCAUACCACCGCAAGCAAGCCUUCGAUGUUGGUGAUGUCGGUUUCGGUAUUACAGCCAACCAGUUGACCCUUGGCUGCGACUGUCUUGGUCACAUCAAAUAUUUCGACGGUUACCGCACAGAUGCACAGGGAGCGCCCAUCCAGCUCAAGAACGUCAUUUGUAUGCACGAGCAGGAUAAUGGCCUCCAACACAAGCACACCAACUACCGCAGUGGCGAGGCAACGGUUGUCCGCAACCGCCAGCUCGUUGUCCAGAUGAUCUGUACAGUUGCCAACUACGAGUACAUCUUCGCUUUCAUUCUCGACCAAGCAGCCAACAUUGAGCUUGAGGUACGAGCAACCGGUAUUCUGUCCACCGUUCCCUUCGACAACCAGAACGGACAGACCGUCCCAUGGGGCACCAACGUUGGACCCGGUGUGAUGGCUCCAUACCACCAGCACAUGUUUUCUCUUCGUAUCGAUCCGGCCCUGGACGGGUUCAAAAACACAGUCUACUAUGAAGACAGCGUGCCCAUGCCCGAGGAUGAUAACAACCCCUGGCUCGUUGGAUAUACCACAGAGCAAAAUGUGAUGAAAUCCAGUGGCAGUGCUUUCACAAGCGUUGAUCGCAACCGCGUGUUCAAGAUCCGUAACGACUCCAUCAUCAACCCUAUUACCCACCACCCGAUCGCGUACAAGUUGCAGACCUCACCAAGCCAGAUGAUCUUGGCUUCACCCAAGUCUUUCUCCACAAAGCGUGCUCGCUUUGCGACUCGUCCUAUCUGGGUCACCAAGUACCAAGAUGGAGAGCUCUUCGCCGCCGGUGAAUUCACGAACCAGAGCAAGGAAUCUGAUGGUGUUGAGGUCUGGGCCGAUCGCAAUGAUGCAGUCGAGAAUGAGGACCUUGUUCUUUGGCAUACUUUCGGUCUCACCCACAACCCCCGUAUUGAGGAUUUCCCUGUUAUGCCCAUGGAGCGAGUCAGCGUGAUGCUCAAGCCGGAUGGUUUCUUCACCAAGAACCCCGCGCUGGAUGUCCCAGCGUCUACCCAGUCUUUCAACAAGUCGACCGAGCACCCCGAGCCGGCUUGCUGUGCCGCUCCUCAGGAGCGGGGACAGGUGAAGUUGUAG